UCUUCCUUAUAACCUCCCGUCUUCUUUCUGAGGCCCUCAUUCAAACAUCUGAAUUCCCGCUGAAGCUCCAUGGAAGUUGCAGGUGCUGUUCUUGCCAGGGGAAGACAUGAACUUGGUCACCACCGCUUCAGGUUGAGUCUAUGUCAGGAUAUCCCUGAGAGCCUCCAACGACAUCUCUGGCCAGCCAGCCUGGAGCCCUUCACCAAAGACUGGAUUGAUCUUCCCUCCCAAGGGGUACCAGGAGAUGGCAAGCUACCUCUGAAAAUUAACCUACAGGACCAUCUCUGGCUGCAGCUGUGCCAUGGACACAGCAGUGACCACCGCUGAUGAGCCCCUUCUCAGAGGCAUAAAAAGGCAAGAUCUCCAAGAGAUGCUGAGAGAAGUAGGACUGGCAGUUGAGUACUGGGUGCCCAAGCUGCAGGAACAUCUGGGUGUGACCUCUGCCCAGGCUUUACAACACCUAGAAGACAAAGACCUCCAGCAGCUGAAAUCCCAGGCACAGUAUCCCUGGGAGAAAAGGGCCCUGGAGAAGCUGUUUAAACUGUCACACCCAAAUAGUCUUUCGGAAACACAGAAGUCUCAGGUGGAAAUGAUAAAGAAUAAGCAAAAGAAGGCAGAGCAGGUGCUCCAGGAGCUAAAAGAUUUGCUGUUGGAAGGCAGACAACAACAGGAAGAGGCAGUGAGGAAAAAAGAGGCAGAGCUGAGGCAGGUGAUGGAGAUCCCCAAAGAAUACUGGCCAUCCCCUGAAAACUCCCUACGAGAAGUCAUGGAAAACGUGCAGAAACAACUCAACCUCACGGAGGGGACACUGUCUCACAGGCAAAACCUCCCAGAUAGAGAUCUGGUGAGAUGGGCAUCUGGAGGGCUGGCCCUGCAGGGAAUUUACAAAACCAGAUACCGAAGAGACCUUAUAGAGAAGAGGCAGGAGCUACUCAGUGUCCCCAAGGAGUUCUCACUCUAUGGCCCUGAGCAGGGCACACGAAUGGAAACACAGGAAUUUACAUCUUCUCACGCAGAAGCUAUGUUCACCCAGGCAAUGGAGAAGCUGGGCUUCAGCGUAACUGCUUCAGCCAAGGGUGGAGGUUGGGGAUUUAGCUUGGAAACUGGUACGGAUCACAGCAAACAUUCACAAUCCAAGGAAACCCAUCACUCACAUUCUGAACAGUCUUAUUUCUGCUCUACCAAAUUCAGCUAUGUCCCACUCGCUUCUUUCCACUUUCCCAUUGAUCAACUCCAGUUCUCCAAGGCUACUCUCCAGGAAUUGAAAUGCAUUGAAGACCUCCUGGCUCAGCCCGCAGGCCUAGACAAACUCCCUUUGCUAAGGCACAAGACUGAAGCUUUCUUCCACAGAUUUGGCUCUCAUGCCAACCAGGGCCCUCUGCACCUGGGAGGAAUCUACUGGUGGAAAGCCAUUUCAGAGGGUUUCCAAAGUGAGCAGCUGGCAGAAGUGAAACAGCAGUCAGCAGAGUCCCUGAAUAGUUACAUAAGGGGCAGCUAUGUUGGCUUUGGAGUGAAAGUCGCUGCGGGUGUGGAUGUGUCAGACUCUCAUUCAAAUGCAUCCUCCCAAAGCACAACGUGCCAAAAUCUCCAAACCAAAGUCCAACUAUCUGUGGCCCACACAGGUGGCCCACCAGAAGCAAAUAGCUUUUUCCAGUGGAAAGCUGGCCUAGUUGCCAGUAAUCAAACCUGGUGUGUCAUUGACCGGGGACUUCAGCUGGUGCCCAUUUGGGACAUCAUCCUCUCCAACCACAGAAGUGAUUUUAAGGAUCCUCUUCAGGAGAUAGACUUCCUACUGAAUGAAAUGCAAACUGCCCAAGAUAAAUACCAGGAGCUCAAAACUAUUUGCACCUACAGGGCUCAGGCAUUCCUGGUACUCUUAAGUCUCACAGCUACAGUCGGAGUCACAGCUUUGUCUCCAGAGGACAAAACACAACGCUUGGCAUUAAUACGACAUCACAUGGGCCAAUCUUUAACUGAAGAAAUUGUACAUGUCCUCAGCAAACUUGGAGCAGGUCAUGAUUGGGAAAACCUAGAAAAAGACUUGAGAUUGCUCAUUGAUGGUAAUUUUGAAGCCACCAUCUCUUCACUGCAAAUGGAUGAGGUAAGAAAAAAUUUGCAAAGCAUCUUCCAUGAAAAGGACCAGCCACAUGAACCACAUAAUAAUGAAAAUAGCAAAUUGGAAGUCAUAGAAGAUGGAGCCUUCCAAGAACUACUCCAGCGUUUAGGCCUAGAACAUUACUACCCAAAAAGGAUGAGUAGAGCUAACUUCCAUCUGAUCUACAAGGCCUCUGUGUACAACAGCCAACCCAGCUCUGAACAAGAGCUUCCCUUCUAUUUCCUGCAGAAGCUACUGAUGCUGGAUUAUGAGCUGAGAUACCUGGUCUUCAGAGACGAUGGAAACACACAGAAUGAAGUCUAUCCAAGUGCCUUGAAUCAGGAAAAGAAGGCUUUUGAUCCAUAUGAAGGCUUGUUUGAAGACCCUGACGCUCCCACUAAUCCUUCAGCCACUAAUCCUAGGCCCCAUAUUCAUCCGAUGGAUAUUCAGAUGGCGAUUCUUCACUGUGCAGACGAUUUUGCCAGACAAUAUAUUUUGGCCAAACUUGCCAUUUGUCAGUUUGCCCUCCCCUUUCUCAUACCUAAUCCCUGCAGUUCUGAAAUUGAAUUCUCUCUCUGGUCUCUCCGUCAAAUUAGAAGAAGCUGGCAGGAAGCCAGGAAAUCACCAAAAGAGGACAAGAACAAUUACAAGAAUAAGCAGAUGUGUUGUGUCUCUACCCCCGUUGUGUCCUUUAUUAGAGUUGGAAAUGGCUUCUCUGCUUCCAAAUCUCAGAUCAUGAACUGUCUCCUCAGUAAACGUAAACAUGACAUUUUUUUUCACAGACAUUGCAGAGGGAGCAGCAAAGACUGUCUCCUGAUGGGGGGUGUGGUGGAAGUCUGCUGGUUCUGUCCUGGGGGGGAAGAUGAGGAAAGAUUUGACACCUGCUUGACCUUCACCAAUCUUCACGGAGACGCAAAGGAACAUGAGAAGCAACUCACCUUCCUGCAGGAGGUUUCUUCUCUCAUUGUUGUCCUCAUGUCAACUUCAGAUGACAACAAAGAAAACCGAAAAAUUGUCCGUGAUCUCAGUCAGUCACCAAGACCUUUGAUCUGUUUGCUUGAUAACAAAGAAAAAACGAUGGCCAAUAACUCUAACCAGAAAGUGAUCAUUGGGAUCAGAAACAGAAAUGAGGGAGAAUUAACAGAGGAGCUUAUUACUACAAUCAGACGUUUGCUACAGCUCUCAGACACUGUUCUGAGCAUAGAGGACUGUUCCCACAUUGCUCGCAAGCACGGAUUCUUAAUUGAUGAAGACAAGAGAGAGUGCAAGGAAGCCAAAGAAAAGGCAGAGAUCCUAAUGGCCCUACUGAAAGAAACGAAGAUAUCCCAGGUGAAGGAAAACUUACUACCCCUUCAGGGACAACUGUGGCACCUGUGGUGUAAAAAGGACAAAGAACUCUAUCACCUAAGAGAAAAGGGGAAUCGGAGCAUUGAACAACACAAGUGUGAGAUUGAGACAGAAAAACAGAGAAUACGACAUGAACAGUUGACCAGAGCCUUUCCCCUCAAUGAUUUAAUCCAAUCUGUCCUUGAAAUUCUCCAAACGCAUUCAGAAACUCACACCACACUCUACUUUUUCCAAUGGCUGGGUAUGUUUUUGAACAACCUGACUGCAGGACACUUGGAAAAACUGAAUGAAGAGAAAAAGUCUGUAUGGACACUGAUACAAACAGAAAAGCGAAAGGGACUAAAUAGCAAUAACCUGAAAGGUUGGCAAAAUCAGGUAGAAGCUAUCUCCAUAGAGAUUAGUGACUGUACCUUGGGAAUUGAGCAACUUCUCAGAGAAGACUCUCUUUAUCUUUGA